CCCCGCCCACUGCUGGCGUUAUGCACAGGAGCUACAAGAUGGCGCAGGCAAUAUUUGAGGUUCUGGAAGGCAUGGACAAUCAGACGGUGCUCAAUGUCCAGUCAUUGUUAGACGGUCAGGGUGGUGUUCUGGAUCCGGGCACACAAAAUGUCUCAGGAACGACCAUCCAGCCAAUGGACGAUGACGACGUGUUUCUGUGUGGGAAAUGUAAGAAGCAGUUCAACUCUUUGCCGGCGUUCAUGACUCACAAGCGUGAACAGUGUCAGUCCAACACGCCGUCACUGGCCACCGUCUCUCUGGCCUCCAACAACGCCUACACCUCCGUACCGUCCAUCAGCACGGGAGCGCAGCUGCCCACUAACAGACAGGUGUCGUACAUCACUGUGCCGCAGUCUCCGCUCACACACACGCUGGUCCAGGGAAACGUGUUGGUCAGUGAUGAGGUUCUGAUGUCAGCGAUAUCAGCGUUCAGCUCUCUGGAUCAGCCAAUGGCAGCCAUGCAGGGAUCCGCACAGAGCAAUCUCAGCAUGCACGCGGGAACCUCGUACCUCCAGCACCAUCAGCAGCCUCCACAGCCCCUCCCUCAAACACAGGCCACGCCCCUUUCCUCACAGGUGCCCUCCAGCAACAGUAAUUCAGUGGUGCAGGUGUACAGCACACUGCCCUCUAUGGCUGGUGGCGGUACUGCAGAGGUGCCUGCACUGGGGCUUCAGUCGUUUCAGUCCAUUCAGGUCCCCAGUCAGUGUGUGGAGGGCCAGGUGUUCAGCGCCGCUCCGGUUUACAGCCCAGGAAAACAGACCGCCAAAAACAAGAGCUGCACCAUCGGCACAAACCUCUCCGAGCUGGGAGAAUAUGACAAGGUUAUCAUCCCUAAGAGAGCCAGAAGCUCCAAGAAAACACAGGAUGCAGGCCAAACUAAAGGAAAAGCCCAGAAGCUCAAGUGCAAUUACUGUGACAAAGUGUUUACCAAGAACUUUGACCUCCAGCAGCAUAUCAGAAGUCACACGGGUGAAAAGCCGUUUCAGUGUAUCGUGUGCGGCCGUGCCUUCGCACAGAAGUCUAAUGUGAAGAAACACAUGCAGACGCACAAGGUUUGGCCCGCUGGAGUCCACAGCACCGCCUCCAGGAUGCCCAUCACCGUCCGCGUGCUUCCUCUCAACAGCCACGAAAACUCACAGCAGACGGAGGAAGAGGAGCACGAGCAAGCCAUUGAAGAGCCGGACGCUGAGGUCCAGGAGACGCAGGGUCCGGCGGAGGGGAAACAGAGCGACGGGACCAACCAGAACAAGCAGAUCAUCCUCAUCGACAGCUCAUACCAGUGCCAGUUCUGCUCGGCCAAAUUCAGCACCUACUUCCAGCUGAAGUCUCACAUGACCCAGCACAAAAACGAACAGGUGUACCGCUGUGUGGUGAAGAGCUGCUCUCAGACCUUCCAGAAGCUGGAUCAGUUUCUGGAGCACAUCCACACGCAUCAGGAGCAGCUGACGUACCGCUGUCACCAGUGCAGUAAAGUCUUCCCGUCGCUCUUCGAGCUCGGCCUUCACCAGUACUCACACAGCUUCUGUCCACAGCAGAACCAGCGCAAAGAGACCAACUACUACAGAUGUAUGAAGUGUCAGAGUAAAUAUUCCACACAGGAAGCUCUGGAACAGCAUCUUCUGAACGCCACACACAACUACCCCUGUCCACACUGCAUGAAGGUGUUUCCGUGCGAGAGGUAUUUCCGGAGGCAUCUCUCCACUCACGGCGUCGGCGGCAAAUUCAAGUGUCAGAUCUGUAAAAAGUUCUUCAAAACUGAGCAUUACCUCAAACUCCACACACAGAUCCACUCAGGAGAGAAACCGUACAAGUGCUCCGUCUGUGAGGCCACGUUCAACAGGAAGGACAAAGUAAAGAGGCACAUGCUGAUUCACGAACCCUUCAAGAAGUACAAGUGUCCCUUCAGGACUCAUGUGGGCUGCACCAAAGAGUUUAACAGGCCGGACAAACUCAAAGCUCAUAUUCUCUCUCAUUCAGGUAUUAAGCCGUACAAGUGUCAGUUCUGUCAGAAGUCGUUCAGUCGUCGAGCCCACAUGCUGGAACACCAGCGCUCACACACCGAUAACUACCGCUUCCGCUGCUCCGCCUGCAACAAAGGCUUCACCCGCCAGAAAUACUACCGAGAUCACAAGUGUCCGCUGGCGGGGGCUGCGGCAGGAGACGCACGGGGUGCUGACGGGACGCAGGGACGGGACAACAGCAGUGAGGGAGAUGGAUCUCCUGCCGCGGAGCCCGACGAACGUGGAGAAACCGAAGAGGAGGGCGAGGAUAAUGAUGGCGAGACGCAGCAGGAUGGAAUGAUGGGAAUGGAUGGGGGAGAGAAGCAGAUGAGAGAAGAGGAGGAAGAAGAGAGGAAUGAUGAGACGAGAAUGGACCACAUGCAGGAAGAAGACCGAGCCGUCAGACUGCUCUCUGAACCCAUGUGCUUCCAGACGGUGGACUGAUCAAGAGUCAAGCUGCAGUGAACUUUAUACUUGUAUUUCCCAGAAUUCGCACACUUGCGUCAUGUUGUUUACGAAUAGAACGGUGCAGGGAUGAUGUAAAUUUGCGGGCCAACCCGGAAGUUUGCAUCACACUGGUUCCCUCGACAAAAACCCAAUAGGAUUUUUCCAUAGGCUUUUGGAUUAUUGCAGAAGAUAAUCUCUGUGACCAACAAAAGUUUAUGAUUCUUACACAUUUUUUCCAUCAAGAUAAUUUUCACAAAUGAACACAACUUUUAUGAAUUUUGAAGCCUAAAUACAGUCUUCAGAUGUAAAAAGCUAAAUGUAGGCUAUAAAGGAGCUUCAACAACUGUUUCAGUCUUCAUUUUUAAAAAAAAUUCCCUGAAAGUUUGAGUUGAGCGCGAUUAUAAACACAUCGAGGCUGUGAAAGUGACUAGUGAGCAGAUGAGUUUACCUGUUCGGCUGAUGAUGUUUAAUGUCCGACAACCUCUGUAGUCCUUAAACACUUGUUAGAAACCGCCAUUUUCAAGACAUAUAACAGCUUGAAAAAGUGGGUAUUACUGAUGUAUAUUAUGUUGUAGAAUAAAACCUGAAAGUAUCGUGAGCUUAUGUUCACUACAGACCUUAUUUCAGGCAUUUAACCAAAAACCCAUUGACUUCUUUGUUAAAAUGCAACUUAUUUCCAGGUUUUGGCCUGUAAAAAUACAUCAUCGCUGCAGCGCUCUAUAGCGUUGACUUGCACAGUCGUCUUUAAAAGGAUAAAUGAUGUUUUCUAUCAUUGUCAAAGGGACAAAAAUCCCUGUUGCUGAUCUUUAACAUUUGAUUUGUUUUAUAUUAAAACACUCUUGUAAGCUAAUUUAUUUUUUCUUGCAUUUGUUGAGAUGAACUCUGACUGUAAACUAAUCAAUACAGUUUCAAAUAAAAUACUGAGCUGAAUUUCUGCACGUUUGCA